CCCCCAACCGGCCCAAGUCCAUAAAAAGCGGACGCACCCCCUUGGGUGACACUUCCUCGCGGCCGUGGGAACCUUCCGCUUGCACAGGCAGUCCGCCGGCACCAGCAGCCCCCCCACUGAAGACAGCUGAGACAGGAUGUCCAUCACAAAGAUCCACGCUCGGGAGAUUCUCGACUCCAGGGGAAACCCCACUGUGGAAGUGGACUUGUGGACCGCUAAAGGUCACUUCAGAGCGGCGGUCCCGAGCGGUGCCUCCACUGGUGUCCAUGAGGCACUGGAGCUGAGAGACGGCGACAAGAGCCGCUACCUGGGCAAAGGAACCUUGAAGGCAGUGGACCAUGUCAACAAGGACAUCGCCCCCAAGCUCAUUGCCAAGAACUUCAGCGUGGUGGAGCAGGAGAAGAUCGACAACUUCAUGCUGGAAGAGGACGGCACCGAAAACAAAUCCAAGUUCGGCGCUAACGCCAUCCUGGGAGUGUCGCUGGCCGUCUGCAAGGCGGGUGCGGCCGAGAAGGGGGUCCCCCUGUACCGCCACAUCGCCGACCUGGCAGGACACAAGGACGUCAUCCUUCCCGUUCCCGCUUUCAACGUGAUCAACGGGGGCAGUCACGCCGGGAACAAGCUGGCCAUGCAGGAGUUCAUGAUUCUGCCGGUGGGCGCCUCCAACUUCCACGAGGCCAUGAGAAUCGGCGCCGAGGUUUACCACAACCUGAAGAGCGUCAUCAAGGCCAAGUACGGCAAGGACGCCACCAACGUGGGCGAUGAGGGCGGUUUCGCUCCCAACAUCCUGGAGAACAACGAAGCUCUGGAGCUGUUGAAGACGGCCAUCGAGAAGGCCGGCUACCCCGACAAGAUCAUCAUCGGUAUGGACGUGGCGGCGUCAGAGUUCUUCCGCGCCGGCAAGUACGACCUGGACUUCAAGUCGCCCGACGACCCUUCCAGACACAUCAGCGGCGAGAAGCUCGGGGACUUGUACCGUAGCUUCAUCAAGAACUAUCCCGUCCAGUCCAUCGAGGACCCCUUCGACCAGGAUGACUGGGAGCAAUGGGCCAAGUUCACGUCCUCCGUGGACAUCCAGAUCGUAGGUGACGACCUGACUGUGACCAAUCCCAAGAGGAUCCAACAGGCAGUGGACAAGAAGGCCUGCAACUGCCUGCUGCUCAAAGUCAACCAGAUCGGCUCUGUCACAGAGUCCAUUAAGGCGUGUAAGCUAGCUCAGACCAGCGGCUGGGGCGUGAUGGUCAGCCAUCGUUCAGGAGAGACCGAAGACACGUUCAUCUCUGACUUGGUGGUCGGACUCUGCACUGGACAGAUCAAGACUGGCGCCCCCUGCAGGUCUGAGCGUUUGGCCAAAUACAAUCAGCUGAUGAGGAUCGAGGAGGAGCUGGGCGACAAAGCCAAGUUCGCCGGAAAGGACUUCCGCCACCCCAAGAUCCAAUGAGGACUCGGCCAUUGUUUUCUACCGAAGACGAAACAACAAUAAAAACACUGAAAAACAACAAU